CAUCUGAUAUUUUUUUCACCUCCCUCUUCAAUUGUUAACCUUCAUCAGUCACAAGAGUCUGUCCAGUUUUCCUUUAUAGUCACUGCCGCUAUAUUAAUCCAGGCUGUCAUCACCUGAUACCUGGACUGUUAGUCACCUAAUUGGAGUCCCUGCCUCCAGCUCUGGUUUCUCGCAAGGGAAUCCAUAUUACUUGUCUCAAAAUACAAUCCUCAUCUUACUGCAUCCCUACUCAUAAUUCUCUGUAACUACCGAUUACCCCGAGUUGAACUCGUAUUCCCAACCUGUAUCCGGCCUCUUUAGUUCAUGGUAACGGAAAUGCCAAGGGGCCCACUAGCUCGUUGGGCCCUUCCUUCUCUCUGAGAUAUCACCUACCUUGCUGCUGCAACGUAUGACCACCUGUCUCAUGUUCCUGAAGCCCUCCAGGAAGGCCUUGGUCUACAAUGCCAAGCCCCCUGCAUGCCUGUACCUUUUCAUUAGUCAAAAAACAAUUCACAAAGCCAACAGCUAUUGGCUACCAGUUGGUGCUGGGCUAUAGUGCGUUGCUGUUAUUUAUGGCCUCGAUUGCUAUUUACCUUUUCAAUUAGGAUUCCACUGAGAGCUUCUGGAACUAGUACCAGGUCUUCUCCACUUCAAUAAAUAAUGAAUUAGUAUUUUCCCUUUUCGCGGGGUUGGGGGGCUUUUCCCGGAACCUGGCUCAAAUCGAGUAGGUCAGAAUUGGUCGUCGCAGGAUCUGACCCACUGCCGCAGAACUGCGCAGCCACAGGACAGCCGCCGUCCGCAGCGCCCACUUGAGCCCAUAGGCCCGCGGAGGAGACCGGUUCUGGCUGUGCCGCGCUACCCUGACCGGGGCUCCCCGUGCAGGUCACAGCAGGUCCCAAGUCUCCUCCCUCAAGUUCAGUGUUACAUUACAAACAAAACACUUUCCUGCCACUUUGCCAGCCUGUUGGGAUCGCACGUUGAAUAUGUGUUAGAAUUAGAUUGGAAACCACAGAAUUAAAAUGGAUGUCUACCUUCAUUCAACAGAUAAGUGGACUGAGGGCCAUGUCAGUUUUCUGCCCCACACAGGACUGACCAUGAAGCUAAAGGAACUUGAACGGCCAGCUGUCCAAGCGUGGAGCCCAGCCAGCCAGUACCCUGUGUAUCUGGCCACAGGAACAUCUGCCCAGCAGCUAGAUGCCUCCUUUAGCACAAAUGGCACAUUGGAAAUCUUUGAGGUUGAUUUCAGGGACCCCUCUUUGGACUUGAAACACAAGGGAGUCCUUUCUGCCUCAAGCAGGUUUUACAAGCUGAUCUGGGGGAGCUUUGGCAGUGGGCUUCCAGAAGGCUCCGGGAUCAUUGCAGGCGGCGGGGACAAUGGCCUGCUUACUCUAUACAAUGUGACCCACAUCCUGUCUUCGGGGAAGGAGCCUGUGAUUGCCCAGAGACAGAAGCACACGGGACCUGUCAGAGCCCUUGACUUUAAUCCUUUCCAGGCCAACCUCCUGGCCUCGGGGGCCAGUGAUUCUGAAAUCUUUAUUUGGGAUUUGAAUAACCUCAAUGUGCCAAUGACCCCAGGAUCCAAGUCACAGCAGCCUCCAGAAGACAUCAAGGCACUCGCGUGGAACCGGCAGGUUCAACACAUUCUGUCUUCUGCUUACCCCAGCGGCAAGGCGGUUGUGUGGGAUCUCAGGAAGAAUGAACCUAUCAUCAAAGUCAGCGAUCACAGCAACAGGAUGCACAGCUCAGGCCUGGCCUGGCACCCAGACAUAGCCACCCAGUUGGUGCUGUGUUCAGAAGAUGAUCGUUUCCCGGUGAUUCAGCUGUGGGAUUUGCGCUUUGCCUCCUCGCCCCUGAAGGUGCUGGAGAGCCACAGCAGGGGGAUCUUAUCCAUGUCGUGGAGCCAGGCUGAUGCUGAGCUUCUGCUCAGUAGUGCCAAGGACAACCAGAUCUUGUGCUGGAACCUGGGGAGCAGUGAGGUAGUAUAUAAGCUACCCACACAGAGCAGCUGGUGCUUUGAUGUGCAGUGGUGCCCCCGGGACCCUCCAGUGUUCUCUGCUGCCUCCUUCGACGGCUGGAUCAGUUUGUACUCCGUGAUGGAUAGGAGCUGGGAGGUCCAGCAGAUGAGACAGGCUGACAAGAUCUCUUCUUCUUUCAGCAAAGGCCAGCCUCUCCCACCAUUGCAGGUACCGGAGCAAGUGGUCCAAGCAUCGUUGAUACCUCCUCUAAAGAAACCCCCCAAAUGGAUGAGAAGGCCAGCAGGUGUUUCAUUUGCUUUUGGGGGGAAGCUGGUUACCUUUGGCCUCCCCAGCACUCCUGCCCACCAGGUGCCACAGCCUUGCCUCCGCCUAGUCUUCAUCAGUCAAGUCAUCAUAGAAUCUGAAUUCCUGAGGCGGUCAGCUGAGCUGCGGGAGGCCCUGGAAUCAGGAAAUCUCCUGAAUUAUUGUCAGGACAAGAUCGAACAAACAUCGCUGCAAAGCGAAAAGAUGCUCUGGCAAUUCCUGAAGGUGACCUUAGAGGAAGACUCCAGAAUGAAAUUUCUAAAACUAUUAGGAUACAGUAAAGAUGAGCUUCAGAAGAAGGUGGCCACGUGUUUGAAGAGUGACGUGGGGCUGGGUGAGAGCCCUCAGUCCAAGGGAGACGAUCUCCACAGUAACAGACAGCAGGCCUUCUGCAGCCAGACCUCCAAACACAUCACAGAGGAAGCCUCUGCCUCCUCAUCCUUCUUUGAUGAGCUGGUCCCUCAGAAUAUGACUCCAUUGGAGAUCCCCAUCACAGAAGACACGGAUGGACUCCUGAGCCAGGCUCUCCUGCUUGGAGCACUGCGCCCUGCUGUGGAACUGUGUCUGAAGGAAGAGCGCUUUGCUGAUGCCAUUAUCCUGGCCCAGGCUGGAGGCGCAGAUCUGCUAAGGCGAACACAGGAGUGCUACUGGGCCAAGAAGAAAACCAGAAUCUCUUCGCUGAUAGCCUGUGUUGUGCGGAAGAAUUGGGAGGAUAUGGUGCACACCUGUAACCUGCAGAACUGGAAGGAGGCACUGGCCUUACUACUGACAUACUCCGGGCCAGAAAAAUUCCCUGAGCUCUGUGACAUGCUGGGUACUCGCAUGGAGCAGGAGGGUGGCGGAGCACUAAUUUCCGAAGCCAGACUCUGUUAUGUGUGCUCAGGGAGUGUGGAGCUGCUGGUGGAGUGUUGGGCAAAGUGCCACCAGGCUUCGUACCCCCUGGCUCUGCAGGACCUGAUGGAGAAGGUGAUGGUCCUUAAUAGGAGCUUGGAGCUACUGCGGGGUCCUGACAGGGUGAGCUCAGGCCCUGCCACAACCUUCAGGGUCACUCAGUAUGCCAGCCUCCUGGCAGCCCAGGGCAGCCUGGCCACUGCCAUGAGCUAUCUACCCAGGGACUGUACUCAGGCACCAGUUCAGCAGCUGAGAGAUCGACUGUUUCACGCCCAGGGUUCUGGUGUCUUGGGCCAACAGUGUCCUCCUUUCCCCUUCCCUCGGGUUGUGGUGGGAGCUACCCCCCACUCUAAAGAAACAUCCUCUUACAGAUUGGGAUUCCAGCCUUCUCACCAGGUUCCAACUCCAUCUCCAAGGCCAAGGAUUUUCACACCUCAGUCAUCACUAGUGACACCCUUGAUAUCUUCCCAUCCUGGCCCUUAUCAAAGCUCCCAAACACAGAAUAUCAGUGACUACAGGGCACCUGAGCUCCAGGCAGCCCAGCCUUUGCCCUUGGCCCCUAGUGUAAGGCCUGCUUUUUUUGAGCCACCUCUAUUAAGUGGGCAAAAAGCCCAAAUUUCUAACCCCUUGGGGUUCCCUGGAGCAUGGCCUCUUCCUGGUCCACCUCCACCUGUGGUACCCCCAGACGCCAUACAGCCUAGCUCUGCCUCUCUGGCUGAGACGACUCGACUGUUCCCUCCACUUCCCGUGAGACUCCCAGGUGUCAGCCCUGCAAGCUUCGGGUCCCUAGCCCCUCCUGUCAACUUCUCUACGACACACCCUCCAGGAGGGCCAGGUGCUGCCUGCUCUAGUGCCCUCCCGAUCACUGGCCCCUCGACUGCUCACCCAGGACCUCAAGACUCCUUGAAAAAUGCCCCAAUGCCCAGGGCAAACCUCCAGAGGAAAAAGUUGUCAGAGAUAUUUAUGCCCCCAGCACCUAUCACUGCUCCAGUGAUGAGCCUCACCCCUGAGCCACGAGGGGUCCUUUCCUCACAGCCUUCUGUCCUUGGGAUGGGCCAUGCUCCCCCAGGAGCUCCAGGAGAAUUCAGCCUGCAGCAACUUCAGCAGCGGCCCCCUGAGAAGGUGGAAAGGAAAGAGCUGCCUCCAGAGCAUCAGUCCUUGAAGACCAGCUUUGAGAAGCUUCUACAACGCUGUUCCCUGUCUGCCACUGAUUUAAAGACAAAACGGAAGCUGGAAAAGGCAGCCCAACGUCUAGAAUGCCUAUAUGAUAAGCUCUGCCAGGGCACACUCUCACCCCAUGUCCUGGCUGGGCUUCAUGAGGUAGCCCGAUGUGUGGAUGCGGGAGACUUCGAGCAGGGCCUGGCAGUGCAUGCCCAGGUGGUGGCCUGCAGCAGCUUCAGCGAGGUCUCCAGCUUUAUGCUCGUCCUGAAGGCCGUCCUCACCAUUGCGCAGAAGCUGCACACGUAAACCAGCGAGCCUCCCUUGCCAGGAGCUACUUCUGCUGUGACUUAACUUCUCCCUGCAGAAAAGGGGGAAUUUUGGAAUGGGUUUUGUUUGUUUUCCCCCACCCUCUUCCUUGCUGCCAGGUAUAUGAUGCAGUGGGCUUGCCUCGAAGCUAGCAGAGUGCCUGCUUUCCACCCCUUUAUGCCUGGCCUAGAAUCUGCUGAAGGCUCUCAGCCUCUGAGGCAGAGAGAGCCAGUUCUUCCCUUUCCCUGAUGCUGGGCUCUGACAGGACCCAGAGCAGGGCAUCUUCUCCCCCAGGGGGAUUCUGUGUAAGUGUGGCUUCGGAGGGGCUGAGUGGGAUCAUUACCUCCAAGUCUACCUCUGCUGUACGCAUCUUGUGGGGAUUUGUUUUCCCCUUCUGUGGGUUAUGAGCCUGACCUUACCUUCUCCUUGCCUCUGACUUCAUAUUUCCGGGUCCUUUAAUUUCUGAGCCCCAGAGACUGGGCUAGAAUUGACUUGUUGUUCAUCUUUUGAACAAGUGAUGGACAUGUGGGGGUGGGUGCUGGGUGGAACCAAGAGGAGGAACUUUGGCCCGUUUUACAAGACCUUCUCUUCUGCCAGUAUCAUAGGGGUGGGCUGGGUUAGGCGGAAAGUAGAAGGCGCACAGCCUUUUGCUGGGAGCUGCCCUAGGCUGUGAGACAGGAGCAGAGGGACCACUGCCUGCGGGGACCUGACCUGAUUUGACCUGCCCGGACCCUGGCCCAAGGCCCUCGGCCAUUCAUUCUGUGAUCAUCAACCCCAUUCUGCAACAGGAGCCAUAUUAACAAAAGACUUUUCUGGCACUGCUCCUCAAGGGUUGGAGGCCCUUCUCCUCAGCCCUCACAUGUCUCAGGGCUGCCUUCUCUGGCUGCACUUUUCAUGGUUGAACUUUGCAUUUGAAGCACUGAUGUACUUAGUGGGCAAUAAAGCUGCUUUGAUUUGG